ACCUGUACUCCUGCUCAGUGAUAUAAAGAGGGGUCCCCUCUGCUGUCUUCUUCUAGAUUCAAUCACUCACUCGCAACUCAAUCUCUUGAUCUCUAUCUUUUCUAUCUAUCUCUCUUUAUACACACAUAUCCAACACAAUGGCUUGGGGCUGGGGCGAAUCCGACGAGGCUCACCGUCAGGUGUACGAAGACGAGAACAAGCACGAGAGCCACCUCUCCCACGAGGUUCUCGCCGGUGCCGCCUCGUUCGCCGGUAUGAAGGCUUUUGAGGACCACCAGCGCAAGCAAGGCAAGACCGUCUCCCACUCCACCGCCAAGGAGCUCCUCGCCGGUCUCGCCGGCGCCGAGAUCGACAAGCUCGCUGAGACCAAGGGUCUCGACGAGGCCGACAAGAUCAAGGCCCACCACCACGCUAAGAAGAACGCUGAGCACAUGUACGAUGAGCACUACGUUCAGGGGCAUGGUGCUGAGGAGUACAACCCCGGUCAAUACCAGCCUCACAACAGCUUCUCUAGCCGCGGCUGGUAGAUUUGAGGUUUAUUAGGAUUUUUUUAUGAUACCUCUGUAUAUAAAUAUGUCUAUGAGGAUAUGAAUGGAUCAGACUUGAUAAAUAUUAUGAGGCCGGGCUGUGUAUUCUGCAUACGUUGCUAUGGUGGUAAAUUCAGUUCGUGCGGUUUCUAUCAUUCGAUGGUGGCUUCUGAGGUGCUUUGCGAUGU